AUGUCCCGUCCGCAACAUACAUACAUCCGUCCGCUCAAUUUGAGAGACCUCCCGCAGGUGGUGCUUCUAGAGAGGCUCUGUUUCCCGCCGCCAGAACAGGCGUCCCCUCUAAAGCUCGAGUAUAGGCUCACUGUAUGUCCAGAACUAUGCAGCGGGUUGUUUGUACGGGAGUUUGACGACUCUAAGCUCAAGGGGAGUGAGCUCCCCUUGAGGAGCACUGUCAAGAGAGAGACGCUAAUUGGUGCUGUUAUUGGAACAAAGACAAAUUCGCCCCUGGUCACCGACGCCUCUAUGGGAGUUGGUGAAGGUUUCCAUAGUGUUAUGUGCGAGAAUGGCCAGUUGAAGGAGGCGUAUCUGACCCGUGAAUUAAGAGAGUUGAUGGAGAAGCAGAGAGAUGAGUCUUUACAGAGCGACACCACUAGCAAUGUCAAUGCCAAUGCUAAUGUCAAUGCCAAUGCUAAUGUCAAUGCCAAUGCUAAUGCUAAUGCUAAUGCUAAUGACAAUGACAAUGCCACUAUUGGCCACGACGACUCGGGAUCUACAAUUGCCAUUCAUGGAGUCAUUGUUCACCCGGAGUUUAGGGGCCGCCGACUAGGCUCAUUGAUGGUGAAGGACUACAUUCAGAAGAUGGCCCAGCAGGACGUUGCCGAGACGGUAUGUCUCCUCUGCAAGGAGAGCCUGGUGCCCUUCUAUGCCGGACUGGGCUUUACAGACAAGGGGGAGAGCCAAUGUCGGUUUGCUGGUGUUGUUUGGCAUGACAUGGUAUUGAAGCUCGAGCAUCCUGACGACGACGACAACGACAACAACGACAACAACGACGACGGCAGCGGUGAAAGCAGCAACAACAGCACUGUUGACUAUAACAAUGUCCGUAACUUGUAA